CCCCCACCGGCUCCGCCAAUGCAUAUAGGUAUUUUGGAUGAGCAGGAGGAGUUAUUUGUGUGUGUGUGUGGGGGGAGGGGGGGGGGGUAGGUGGCUCAUGCGAUCGGAAAUGAAUUGACUCCCUCACCUCAUGCCCCCCCCCCCCUAGAUGGGGUCCGGACCGCUCAGCCUCGCGCGUCUCCUGCUCGCGUUGGUGCUGAUUUCACUCCCGCUGCUGUGGCUGCUGCUGCACCGCCUAGGCAACUUCCCCGGAGGCGCCUCUCGUCGUCUCCACCACGGCCACGCCAACGGCGACAUCGUCGAGAGCUACGACGACGUCGCCGCUGGACGUCCAAAUGCGAGUCCACCUCCCGGCACGACUCGUCCCGCGCGCACGCACACGCUCAUCCUCACCACGUUCCGCUCAGGUUCCUCCUUCCUGGGACAGAUAUUCAACCACCACCCGGACGUGUUCUACCUGCCCGAGCCCGCGUGGCACGUGUGGGACGCGCGGCCCCUCGGCACGGCCGCGGGAAUGCUCGAGAGGCAGGCGGAGGUCGCCUCCCUGCUCGGGUCACUCCUCCAGUGCCGCGCGGCGGCCCUCGCGCCGUACCUGAAGCUCCCCGUCAAUCGUCCGCAGCCGCUUCCUCGCCAACAGCGUCGGCGUCACGGCGAUGCUGUUGACGGGGAUAAGGGGGAGGAUGGUGAGCAGGCGAUGAGGUCUGCCAUGCUGUCGCAGCUCUUCCAGUUCUCGGAGAGCCGCGCGCUCUGCGCCCCUCCCGCCUGCAACGCGAGCGCGCGGCCGACGGGACGCGGGACGCGGAGAACGGGCACGGCCUCGGCCACGGCCGGGGGCGAACGAGGCGCACCCCAGGGCAGCGACUGCCUCCGCGCGUGCGGCGGAGAGAGGCUGGAGCGGGGCGUGCGGGAGUCAUGCCUGGCGCGCCACCACGCCGUCAUCAAGGAGACGCGGCUGAUGGAGCUCGCGGCGCUGCGCGCUCUUCUCGAGGAGCCGGCGCUGCGCCUCCGCGUCGUGCACCUCGUGAGGGACCCCAGGGCCGUGCACCUGUCCAGGGGGCGCGCCUUCCACGACCUCGGGGACGACCUGAGCACGCUGAAGAUCAUCUGCGACGCCAACCACAACAUCAGCCGGAGCAUGCGAGGCCUCGGAGAUAUAUUUGCUGCUGGUGCCGGGGGUGGUGGUUAUGCCGGUGAUGGUGGUGGUUCAAGUGACCGCGGUGGUGACGGUGGUGCAGAUCCUGGUGGUGGUGGUGGUGGUUACAAUGAUGUUGGAGGUGGCUCUUUGGAUGACGUAGCGUCGACGCUGUUGCGCGACCGCUACGCCCUGGUUCGAUACGAGGACCUGGUGCAGGAGCCCGUGGUCGCCCUGCGCCGCCUCUUCAGCUUCGCCGGCAUCAGCGCCGAUCCGCAGCUCCUCUCGUUGGCUCUGAACAUGACGCGCGGCGCCGCAGCGGACGGGCCCGCAUUCUCCGUGCGCCCUCGGGACGCGCUCCGCGUGGCCUCCAAGUGGAGGCAGGAAAUGUCCUUCGAGAGCGUGUCCAGGGUGCAGGAGGCCUGCUCCUCCAUGAUGACGAGCUACGGCUACAGGGCGAUGGCGUCGGAGAGAGAGACGAGGGAGCUCAAGGUGCCCUCCACCUCACCGCUCGGCGAGGGUCGCGGCUGACCCCACUGCGGGUGAGGACCCUGUCGAGUUAUUGAUGAUUCGGAAAACCCGACCACCGCAUUGAACCGCGGGUCCUCUACUCGACGUGCCCCCCAUCUCGUCGCACGUGUGUCAUCGAAAGCCAAGCAGGGAUUUCUGAGCCUGGUUUUUGCACUUGGACUGCUUGGGUAUGACAUGCGGACGUUAUAUGAUCGGUGGUCUGGAUUGCAAGCGCGGUGCGACAAAGCGUUGUGACAGCGAUGGAUGCGCUCGCUCCUCACCACGGCCUCCUCUGUUUUUACCGCUCCUCCCCGUUCACACGAUGCGAUUUUACACGCUCGCUGCACGCACCUCGUCAUCGCUAAGCAGUGACCCACACGCGACACACAUCGAGAGCGGAGUUUUGCUACACAUCACGAUAUAUAUAUAGACACCUCGGUCUGUGUGCGCGCACGCGUGGGUCGCGUGCGAGCGCGUACGAAGGCUGGAACGGCACCACGCGAGGGGGUGGUGUGACCAGCAACACGCCCGGCCGCCUUUGUCUCCCCAGUGGUGAUGUUUACACACCGCGCCCUAGGCACUAACUUAAUGCCCAGGGACCGGUUCAGAAUAUUCGCCACUCUUGUUGGUCGUAAAUGUAAAUUCAAAGUAGCUCACGAACAGCACUUGCCCCCACGGCAUGUUCAAGGCUACACGGCGGAUCUUUUAUCUUUAUUUCGUCCCAAGCGCUGCAGAAAGCGCCAGAUAAGAUCGUCGUAUCGCGUAGUUGUGUACGUUUAUGACAGCACUUGACCCAACGUGACGUGGACAGGCGGACUCCAAAGAUCCUUGGUCUCUUGCUCACGUGGGACACGUGUUUAGCAAUCAUCAGGCGCGUGCCGCAUGCAAACCGCUUGAUCCGUGUUGCGAUGGGAGGCGGACUGGUGGACGUGGCAGGGUGGUGCACCAUGGCUGGCUCGGCUCUCCAGCAAUCCCCGGUGGAUGUAUUAUUAUUAUUAUUGACGUAUUUUAGAUGUAUUUGCCAACCUUUGAAACGUUCCUCGAAAGUUACUCAAUUGGCCAGCCAGGUAGCGAAGUCGCCCCCUGCCGUCUGACCAAUGCCCACCUGCAGACGAGCGCCGCUACAGUCCACGUCUGUGCCGCACAGGGUCAGCUGCCACUGGGUUGGUGGACGGGGGGCGGGGGGGAUGGUGUCAGCUGCCAUCGGGCGCCACUAAAAAUCUCGCGCGCGAGAGGUGCGUUUAAAAUAUGAAGUAAUGAUGAUGAUGGUGGUGGUGGUAAUGAGUUACAAUGAGGUGGAUUUGCAAGACUAAAUGUCACACUAGACACGUCUUACCGAUGAGCGUGUGUGACGAACGUGAUCUUCGUAUGGUCAAUUGUUGUAAUUAUAUGGGACCUUGGAGUUUCCGACCGGGGUGUUGGAUCUUCCCCUCUGCCUGGUUUGGGUGGUGCCCAAAUGGGGCCCCCAAUUUCCUCACCACCACCACCCCCUCUCCCCCAUCACCGUAGCCCGGCGCCUGGGCUCCUCGGUCCCGUGUGCCCCGGGUGCAGUUGCACCGCCUGCGCACUCCGAGAGCUGGUCCGCUAUGACCGCUGGGGGUUGUUUUGUACUUAAGAGCACGUUUCACCUCAAUCGCUUGCUCCGCCACCUGUAAUAUUAAUUCAUCAUCAUGUCAAUAACUGUUUAUAAUUCAACGCAUUAUUUGGUGAUUCUGCUGCGAUGCCUGCGGCGCGCAAGCACAGAUCACAAAAUAAACUCAACACAUUCGUCAGUAACGCUGUAGCCAAAGAAGGACAAUAUUUAUUGUACUAGCUUAAACUAGCCGGCUUCGCCCGGGACUAGGAUUCACCACGCCCGGCCGCCUUUGUCCCCCCAGUGGCGAUGUUCA